CCAGCAUGACCCGCACGACGCGAGGGUUUUUCUAAGCUUUUGACGAGAAACUAAGGUAUAGUCAGCAAAGCGAUAAAUGAUUCCGGAAGUCCGGUAGCGGAGUAACAGCCGGUCCUUGUAGGACGCGCCAGGGCAAGAUUGUUAGAAAUGGCCGGGGAAAUGACGGUGUUGGGUUCUGCUAUUUUGACCCUUUUACUAGCUGGAUAUCUAGCCCAACAGUAUUUACCUAUGCCCACGCCAAAAGUAAUAGGGAUUGACCUUGGUACGACAUAUUGUUCAGUUGGAGUGUUUCUUCCUGGUAAAGGGCAGGUGAAAGUGAUUCCAGAUGAAAAUGGACACAAUAGCAUUCCAAGCAUAGUGUCAUUUACUGAGAAUGAUGUGUGUGUGGGAUAUGAUGCAUUAGAAUUAGCAGAUGCAAAUCCACAAAAUACUGUGUAUGAUGCCAAGAGAUUUAUAGGAAAGAUCUUCACCACAAAGGAACUUUUAAGUGAAAGCAGCAGAUAUCCAUUUAAGAUUCUUAACCACAAAGGAAGUGCUGAAUUUUCUGUUAUAACCAAUGAGACUAUUAGGGUAACACCAGAAUAUAUUAGUUCUCAGCUUCUUUUGAAACUGAAAAGGAUGUCAGAGGAUUUUCUUGGACUGCCAGUUUCCAAAGCAGUUAUUUCAGUGCCAGCAGAGUUUGAUGGAAGACAGCGCAACUACACAAUUAAGGCAGCUAGCCUUGCAGGUCUGGAAAUUUUGCGGGUAAUUAAUGAGCCCACUGCUGCAGCAUUGGCAUAUGGCCUUCACAAGGCUGAUGUAUCCAAUGUUCUGGUAGUAGAUCUGGGUGGAGGAACCUUAGAUGUUUCCCUGCUAAAUAAACAAGGAGGAAUGUUCCUUACUCGAGCUAUGGCAGGGAACAACAAACUUGGAGGGCAGGACUUUAAUCAACGGUUGAUGCAAUACCUUUAUAAUGAAAUCCAUCACACGUAUGGCUCUCUGCCCUCUAGAAAAGAAGAAAUACAUCGACUCAGGCAGGCUGUAGAAUCUGUCAAAUUAAAUUUGACAGUUCAUACUUCUUCAACAAUCCAAAUUUCUCUUACUAUGCCAGAGAAGACAGACCAGCAUGAAAAUUUGCAAAAGGAUAACAUGCAUGAAAAUAAUUCUUCAGAAACUGAAAUGAAAGAGCACAGGAAAGAUAGCUUUUCAAAAUCUCUUGAUGGCACAUGGAAAAUAAUUAGCUUUGAAACAGAAAUUUCUCGAAAACUCUUUGAGACAUUGAAUUAUGACCUUUUUGAGAAAAUCCUUGUGCCCAUUGCACAGGUACUGAAAGAAGGACAUCUACACAAGGCAGAAGUGGAUGAGAUUGUAUUAGUUGGAGGUUCCACCCGAAUUCCAAAAAUACGUAAAAUUAUUACAGAAUUCUUUGGAAAGAAACCUAACACCUCUGUUGAUCCAGACCUAGCUGUUGUAAUAGGGGUGGCAAUCCAAGCAGGAAUUGUUGGGGGAUCUUGGCCUCUUCAAGUUAGUGCUGUGGAAAUCCCAAACAGGCAUUUACGGAAGACAAAUUUCAAUUGAACUUCAGUGUUCUUGCAUUAUUAUUUUUUAAUACUAUCAACAAAGCAGGAUUCUAUUUGUUCAACUAAAUUCUAUUUGCAUGAUGCUGGACUUUUAGUUCCUCCCCAUCAUUGAAGAGAUUCAGAAAUCGGAUUUAAAAAAUAUUUCGUUUCUGCUUGAGUUAGGAGAACUGUGAGCUCAUUAUUUAAAGAAAGUCAAUGAUCAGAAGCUUCAUUUCUGAAACUUUAUCUUAUUGUCCUGCUUUAAUAAUGAACAGAACCUCAAGACUUCAUUACUUGAAUAAGGAACAAAAUAAUUUGAGAGUAAUGAUGACAAUAGUGUUGGUAUUGUAUCCUGAUAUUUCUCAGGAGUUUGUAUUGAUUGGGCCUGGCCUGACAUGAAGCAGUAUUAAUAUAUAUCAGUGAAGUUCCUUUUAAAUGGCAUUUAAAAGCACUUUUCUUAACGUUGUGUUCAAGCCUGACUAUGUUUUAGGUACUGUCCAUUCUGUGUCUGUGUUCAUUAACACCAUAAACUUUGGGGAGCUACCAUUCUUAAUAUCUGAUUUAAUAAGAGGCAAUCAUUGUACAUGAUAACUUCCCAUAUAGAAGUUGGCACUAGUUAACCAUUGCUGAUUAUAUGACAGAAUGACCCUUUUUGAUAUAAUACAAAACUAUUAAGUAGUGUUAUAAAAAUGAGCCUUGGGUUCAUAUGCUCCCCUUUUCUCCAGUAAGGCCAUGAGGAGAUUAAAGUUCAUUGCUUCCGUUUUCAAUUUAUUGCAGUUUAGUGUUACGCCUUAACCGUAAAUGAUGGUUAAUCCUAAUUAUGGUAUACUGAAACAUGCCUUCUUCAUAACCACUGUUUGAAAUUAGCUUGCUCCAAUAAUUCACAGUUCAAGCUCACCACAAUUAGUUUAUGGUUUAGCAACGUAUGAAUGUCCCAUGGAUUCAUACAAAACUUUCAUACAAGUUUAUGUGAAAAUGUAAUGUUACAUCACAAUGAAGUAAAUAAAUUAAUUUUCCCUAAUAGUCAAUUCCGUUUCAGAUUAAAAUUAUACCUGUGCAAAAUACUUUAAACUGAAGCAAUUUAACCUGGAGACAAAUUAUCUUGUCUGAGUGUUCUAAUACUGUUCCAAUCAUACUGAAAAUUUGACCUCAAAGCAGACUAUUUUUAACCUUUAAAAAUAUGGUGGGGUUUAGAAUUUCCACUAUGCUUAAAAUGGCAUCAGGACACUUCUGGAAAACAGGAAACGUUGUUUCAUAAAUUUAAAAUGGGGCAUUUAAAGCUGAAGAUGUUUUGAAGUUGGAACAUUUUUCAUAUUACUGCAUCAUCAUCAUUAUCAUCAUCAUCAUAAUCAUAAUAAUACACAUAAGCUCUGUCCACACGUUAAGGUUUUACUGCUAAUCCAAUGUAGGGUAAAGCUUUUUAACCAUUCCAUAUGACAUUUUGAAGGACCAAGUUUAGCCAAUGCUGUUAUAGAAAAUAAUGAAGACAAACAAUUGUUAACACUCCAUUCUUUCCAAUAAAAUGCUGGUAUUUUCAGGCUGCUGAUAUUGUCAUAAAGUAUACAUAUUGUUUUUAUGUCCAGGCUCAUAAAUUAAAAGACAUGGAACUAUUUUCAAAUACUUAAAUGUCAAAAAAGAAAUCACAAGAACUGUUGCAUUGUAAAUGUGACUGAAGCGGUUUAUAAAUUCAUAAAUAAAAAAUAGGAAAUAUUUUUGUGUACUCAUCUGUAUUAUUAGUGUGACUUUAUCUGUUGCAUUACCUAAACAAUUACCUAAACAAUUUUUCUGAUCAUGAUGGUCAGUAAAUGUAUCAAUGUAACUGAGGAAGUUAUUAUUUAUAUUUAUAAUUCCAAUCAAACAACUUUCAGUUGGCAGCAUUUGAGUAUUUUGAAUAGCAAAAUUAGUUACAGUUCAGAGGAUUUUGCUGGUGUUGAUUGCAAGAAGUGAUUUUCUGAUUCUUGGAAAAAAAUAUGGAGUAGUCUUCAAGGAUAAUGGGGAUCUAUCCUGUCUGGAUAAAAAUAUUUUGGGAACUGUUUCAUAGUCUUUGUGUAGGUAUUGCCAAUUAUAUUGAGAUCAACAAGUAUUUUACCAGAACUGGUGGUUUGGGUAGCUGGUUUUAGAGUGCUUUAAACUCGUCAUCAAUUUUCUAUUUAGUAAAACAAAUUAUUUUUCAAAUCAAACAGUCCUGCAAAAACAGUUUGUGAUUUAAGUCUUGAGUUCUAGGUUUAUGGAUAUCAUCGGUUUCAUAAAAAAUACUCUUCAUGAUUCAAAAGUCUCUUCCAGAAUGUGCAAUAUUUAGCAUAUUAACUCAGUUAUUUCAGAGGGAAUUUAAGAGCUGAGCAACGGGAAGAAAGUCAAACACAUUAUGUUUGACAUUCUUUGAGGGUAUUGGAGAAAAUUGUAACUUAUUGGAGUGGAGAUUUAAGUAUUAUGUAUCAAUAGUAAAGUUCUGAAUCCCCUCCCCCCUCCCCAAUGAGAAGACAACAUAUACAGUACUAUCCUUUCAUAGUCCUAUCAGUACAAGACCACAUCCUGUUGUUUCUAAACCAGUAGCAAUGUUUCUUUAUAUUACUGUGGUCACACUUUCUACCAAAAAAAAAAACCAAUUGCCAAGCCAGCAUUUUGAUCCUUUUGUAAAAUUUGAAUGUGUGCCAAGAACAGUAAGUAAUGAUUACAUGGAAGAAAACAAACUCUGUAUAGAAUAAAAGUGUAUGAAAGUUAGUUGUGAAAAAUAUAUUUAAAAGAAUAAAUAUACCUAAAGUUAAACUAAAACUUUUGCCUUAUAAUAACAAUAUUUCAAAGUCUUCAGCAAAUAGGUAUAAAUUCUGGUUUGCCUAAUUUAGAAUUGCAUCUGUGCAAUCUGAUAAGAGAGAGCAUUGCACGUAUGCAAUUAUACCUAUUUAUAUAUCAUACCAAAGCAUGCAAAGUAUUUCUAUCACUAUUAGGUUGCUGGAACAGGUGUUCAUAAUCUGAGCUAUAAACUACUAUAUUGGUGUAGUAAUGCAUGAGCUAUAAAAAUCUCUCAUUUGAGAAAUUUUUUAUGCAAAAUUAUAAAUGUACUUUGGGCAGUUUACAAUAUCACACAACUCAUGAGCUUUUUUUUUUAUAACAAAUGCUAACAAUUAGUGAUUUUCUUUUCGAAGCCAUUUGCUUUUCUAUUAAAAAUAUGUACUGAAAUCGCUCUCACUACUUUCUGUAUAAUUAAAUAAUAUAUGUGUUAAUACAAGAUUGCUGUUCGUUUUCAUGCUUUCAUUUGAAGCCUAACUCGUGGUUUGACUAAUAUGUAUCUUGCUAUCUUUUGUACUAUUAUAUUUCCUUCUGGAUUGUGACACAAAAAUGAACAGCUGGUUUGCAGACUAAUGUGAAACAAUUUUUCUGCAUGGCAAAUUAUACCUUUUUAUAAAAGAGACUGCAUUUAUAAAAUGGUCUUGUAUUACCACAAUAAAAUAUUUUAUAGUA